AUGGCUGGAAUCCCCCCUGCUGUCGCCAACCUCGUCAUCGUCCUCGGACUGAUGCAGGUCGCCAAGAGGGUGCCUUUCGAUGACCCCAAUGUGCUCAAUGCCGUGCGAGGAAUCUAUCUCCUCAGCAACCUGAUAAUUGCCGGCGUCUACUACACGAUCCACCUUAAGAUCAACAAGAAGAAGGACAUGACGACCCUCAAGUACGUCGAGCCCGCGCCGAUGGGAUCCUCUGAGGAGCCCAAGCUCAUCACCACCACCAUCUACGCCUACGACAACCAGCAGCUCCGAAACGCCUUCCGAGCCCAGCUCAUGGGAAUUGCCAUCAUGUGCUUCACCCAUCUCUACAUGAAGUACACGAACCCCCUCCUCAUCCAGUCCAUCAUCCCCCUUAAGGGUGUCUUCGAGAACAACCUCACCAAGAUUCACAUCUUUGGCCAGCCUGCUUCGGGUGAUCUCAAGCGACCCUUCAAGCAGGCUGCUGGUCUCAUGGCUGGCCUUCAGAAUGGUCCUGCCCAGAGCGAUAAGAAGGCUGUUGAGGCUGCUGAGAGGGCUGGUCGAGGCGGUGCCAAGGAGGAGUAA